GGGCGGCCGCUCCGUGGCCGGCCGCGAUGUGGUGGCCGCGCCUGGCCUUUUGUUCCUGGGCUCUGGCGCUCGUGUCGGGCUGGGCGACGUUUCAGCAGCUGCCCCCGUCGCGCAAUUUCAGCUUCCGCCUCUUCCCCGAGGCCGCGCCGGGGACUCCGGGGCGCUUGGCCGCGCCGCUGCCCGCGCCCGAGGACGCGGCGGAGAGCAAAGUGGAGCGGCUGGGCCAGGCGUUCCGGCGCCGCGUGAGGCGGCUGCGGGAGCUCAGCGAGCGCCUGGAGCUCGUCUUCCUGGUGGACGAGUCGUCCAGCGUGGGCCACGCCAACUUCCUCAGCGAGCUCAAGUUCGUCCGCAAGCUGCUGUCCGACUUCCCCGUGGUGCCCACGGCCACGCGCGUGGCUCUCGUGACCUUCUCGUCCAAGAACAACGUGGUGCCGCGCGUGGACUACAUCUCCGCGCGCCGUGCGCACCAGCACAAGUGCGCGCUGCUCAGCCGCGAGAUCCCGGCCAUCACCUACCGCGGCGGCGGCACCUACACCAAGGGCGCCUUCCAGCAAGCCGCGCAAAUUCUUCGCCAUUCUAGAGAAAACUCAACAAAAGUUAUAUUUCUCAUUACUGAUGGAUAUUCCAAUGGAGGAGAUCCCAGACCCAUUGCAGCAUCACUGCGAGAUUUUGGAGUGGAGAUCUUCACUUUUGGCAUAUGGCAAGGGAAUAUUCGAGAACUGAAUGACAUGGCUUCCACCCCAAAGGAGGAGCACUGUUACCUGCUCCACAGUUUUGAAGAAUUUGAGGCUUUAGCUCGUCGGGCACUUCAUGAAGAUUUACCUUCUGGGAGCUUUGUUCAAGAAGAUAUGUCCCACUGCUCCUAUCUCUGUGAAGCUGGUAAAGACUGCUGUGACCGAAUGGCAAGCUGCAAAUGUGGGACACACACGGGUCAAUUUGAGUGCAUCUGUGAAAAGGGCUAUUAUGGGAAAGGUCUACAGUAUGAAUGCACAGCUUGCCCUUCGGGGACCUACAAACCGGAAGGUUCUCCAGGAGGAAUCGGCACGUGCAUUCCAUGUCCUGAUGAAAACCACACCUCUCCACCUGGGAGUACGUCCCCUGAGGACUGCGUCUGCAGGGAGGGAUACCGGGCAUCUGGCCAGACCUGCGAGGUUGUCCACUGCCCUGCCCUGAAACCUCCUGAAAAUGGUUACUUUAUCCAAAACACUUGCAACAACCACUUCAAUGCAGCCUGUGGGGUCCGCUGUCACCCUGGAUUUGACCUCGUGGGAAGCAGCAUCCUCCUUUGUCUACCCAAUGGUUUGUGGUCCGGUUCAGAGAGCUCCUGCAGAGUGAGAACAUGUCCCCAUCUCCGCCAGCCCAAACAUGGCCGGAUCAGCUGUUCUACAGGGGAAAUGUCCUACAAGACGACGUGUUUGGUGACCUGUGAUGAAGGCUACAGAUUGGAAGGGAGUACCAAGCUUACCUGCCAAGGAAAUGCCCAGUGGGAUGGGCCAGAACCCCGAUGUGUGGAGCGCCACUGCUCCAGCUUCCAGAAGCCCAAAGGUGUCAUUGUGUCCCCCUCCAGCUGUGGCAAGCAACCAGCCAAACCUGGAACAAUUUGUCAGCUGAGUUGUCGCCCAGGGUUCAUGUUAUCUGGAGCCAGAGAAGUGAGAUGUACCACUUCUGGAAAAUGGAGUGCCAAAGUUCAGACAGCUGUGUGUAAAGAUGUAGAGGUUCCUCAAAUCAGCUGUCCUGAGGACAUAGAGGCGAAGACGCAGGAGCAACAAGACUCAGCCAAUAUUACCUGGCAGAUCCCGACAGCCAAGGACAACUCUGGUGAAAAGGUGUCCAUCCACGUUUAUCCAGCUUUUACCCCACCGUAUCUCUUCCCAAUUGGAGAGGUUGCUAUCACAUACACAGCAACUGACCUAUCCGGCAACCAAGCCAGCUGCACUUUCCAUAUCAGAGUUAUUGAUGUAGAACCACCUGUAAUAGACCGGUGCAGAUCUCCACCUCCGAUCCAGGUCUCAGAGAAGGAACAUGCUGCGAGCUGGGAUGAGCCUCAGUUCUCUGACAACUCAGGAGCUGAAUUGGUCAUCACAAGAACUCAUACACAAGGAGACCUUUUCCCUCACGGGGAGACCAUAGUGUGGUAUACAGCCACUGACCCCUCAGGCAAUAACAGGACAUGUGACAUCCACAUUGUCAUCAAAGGUUCUCCCUGUGAAGUUCCAUUUACACCUAUAAAUGGAGAAUUCAUGUGUGCGCAAGAUAAGACUGGAGUUAACUGCACCUUGAUUUGCUUGGAGGGCUACGAUUUCACCGAAGGGUCCACUGAGAAGUACUAUUGUGCUUUUGAAGACGGUAUCUGGCGACCACCAUAUUCCACUGAAUGGCCAGACUGUGCUAUAAAACGUUUUGCAAACCAUGGGUUUAAGUCCUUUGAGAUGCUGUACAGAGCAACUCGCUGUGAUGACACGGACCUGUUGAAGAAGUUUUCUGAAGCCUUUGAGACUACUUUGGGAAAAAUGGUGCCAUCAUUUUGUAGUGAUGCUGAUGACAUCGACUGCAGACUGGAGGAUCUGACCAAAAAGUACUGCCUGGAAUAUAAUUAUGACUAUGAAAAUGGCUUUGCAAUCGGACCUGGUGGUUGGGGUGCAGCCAACAGGCUGGGUUACUCUUACCAUGACUUCUUGGACACUGUGCAAGAAACACCCAUGAGUAUUGACAAAGCCAGAUCAUCGCGGAUUAAAAGAAAUAUCCCAUCAUCUGACCACAAAAUUAAGUUUAUUUUCAACAUCACAGCUAGUGUGCCAUUACCAGAUGAACGAAAUGAUACCCUUGAAUUGGAAAAUCAGCAACGACUCAUUAAGACCCUGGAGACUAUCACGAAUCGGCUGAAAAGGACCCUCAAUAAAGAGCCCAUGUAUUCCUUCCAGCUUGCCUCUGAAAUGCUUGUGGUGGAAAGCAAUUCAUUAGAGACAGAAAAGGCUUUCCUAUUCUGUAGGCCAGGCUCAGUGCUACGAGGGCGUAUGUGUGUCAAUUGCCCUCUGGGGACCUAUUACUCUGCGGAGCAUUCUGUCUGCGAAAGCUGCCGGAAGGGAUCCUACCAAGAUGAAGAAGGACAGCUUGAGUGCAAGCUGUGUCCCCCUGGGACCCACACUGAGUAUCUCCAUUCCAGAAGCAUCUCAGAAUGUAAAGCUCAGUGUAAACAAGGCACCUACUCAUCCAAUGGGCUGGAGACUUGUGAAUCAUGUCCCCUGGGCACUUAUCAGCCAGCAGUUGGUUCCCGGAGCUGCCUCUUAUGUCCAGAGAACACUUCAACUGUGAAGAGAGGAGCUGUGGACAUUUCUGCCUGUGGAGUGCCUUGUCCAGUGGGGAAAUUCUCCCGUUCUGGGUUAAUGCCGUGUUAUCCAUGUCCUCAAGACUAUUACCAGCCUGAUCCAGGGAAAUCCUUCUGCCUAUCUUGUCCCCUUUAUGGAACUACAACUAUCCCUGGGGCUAAAUCCAUCACCGAUUGCUCAAGUUUUAGUUCAACUUUUUCAGCAGCAGAGGAGAGUGUUGUGCCCCUUGCAUCUCCUGGACACAUGGAAAAAAAGUAUGAAGUUAGCAGUCAGGUUUUCCAUGAAUGCUUCUUAAACCCUUGCCACAAUAGUGGAACCUGCCAACAACUUGGGCGUGGUUAUAUUUGCCUCUGUCCACCUGGAUAUACAGGUUUAAAGUGUGAAACAGACAUUGACGAGUGCAGCUCACUGCCCUGCCUCAACAAUGGAAUUUGUAAAGACAGAAUUGGGGAAUUCAUUUGUGAGUGCCCAGCAGGUUACACAGGUCAACAAUGUGAAGAAAAUAUAAACGAGUGCAGCUCCAGUCCUUGUUUAAAUAAAGGAACCUGUGUUGAUGGCUUGGCUGGCUAUCACUGCGCAUGUGUCAAAGGAUACAUAGGCCUGCACUGUGAAACAGAAGUCAACGAAUGCCAGUCAAGCCCCUGCUUAAAUAAUGCAGUCUGUGAAGACCAGGUUGGAGCGUUCUUGUGCAAAUGUCCACCUGGAUUUUUGGGUACCUGGUGCGAAAAAAAUAUUGAUGAGUGUCUCAGCCAGCCAUGCCAAAAUGGAGCUACUUGUAAGGAUGGUGCCAACAGUUUCAGGUGCCAGUGUGCAGCUGGUUUCACAGGGCCACACUGUGAAUCAAACAUCAAUGAAUGCCAGUCUAACCCAUGCAGAAAUCAGGCCACCUGUGUGGAUGAAUUAAACUCAUACAGUUGUAAAUGCCGGCCAGGAUUUUCAGGCAGCAGGUGUGAAACAGAACAGUCUACGGGUUUUAACCUGGAUUUUGAAGUUUCUGGCAUCUACGACUAUGUCAUGUUAGAUGGUGUGCUUCCAUCUCUCCAUGCCAUAACCUGCACGUUCUGGAUGAACUCCUCUGACACCAUCAAGUAUGGAACACCAAUCUCCUAUGCACUUGAGAAUGGCAGUGACAAUACCUUCCUCCUGACUGAUUACAAUGGCUGGGUUCUUUAUGUGAAUGGCAUGGAAAAGAUAACAAACUGUCCCUCCGUGAAUGAUGGCAGUUGGCAUCACAUUGCAGUCACUUGGACAAGUGUCGAUGGAGCCUGGAAAGUCUACAUUGAUGGAAAAUUAUCUGACAGUGGUGCUGGCCUCUCUGUUGGUUGGGCCAUACCAGGUGGUGGUGCAUUAGUUCUUGGGCAAGAGCAAGACAAAAAAGGAGAAGGAUUCAGCCCAGCUGAGUCUUUUGUGGGCUCCAUAAGCCAGCUCAACCUCUGGGACUAUGUCCUUUCUCCACAGCAGGUAAAAUCUUUGGCUACCUCCUGCCCUGAGGACCUCAGCAGAGGAAAUGUGUUAGCCUGGCCUGACUUCUUGCCGGGCAUUGUGGGCAAAGUGAAGAUCGAUUCCAGGAGCAGAUUCUGUUCCGAUUGUCCACCUUUGGAAGGAUCCGUGCCUCAUCUGCGAUCUGCAUCAGCGGAUUUAAAACCAGGCUCCAAGAUCAGUCUGUUCUGUGAUCCGGGCUUCCAGAUGGUCGGGAAUCCUGUGCAGUACUGUCUGAACCAAGGACAGUGGACGCAACCCCUCCCGCACUGCGAACGCAUUAGCUGUGGGGUGCCCCCCGCUUUGGAGAACGGCUUGUACUCCGCUGAGGACUUCUAUGCUGGGAGCACAGUAACCUACCAGUGCAAUAAUGGCUACUAUCUGUUGGGUGAUUCAAGAAUGUUCUGUACAGACAAUGGGAGCUGGAAUGGCAUUUCACCGUCGUGUCUUGAUGUGGAUGAGUGUGCCGUUGGAUCAGACUGUAGUGAGCACGCUUCUUGCCUGAACACAAAUGGAUCCUACCUGUGCUCAUGCAUCCCACCCUACACAGGAGAUGGUAAAAACUGUGCAGAACCGGUAAAAUGCAAAGCUCCAGGACAUCCAGAAAAUGGCCACUCUUCCGGCGAGAUUUACACAGUGGGGGCCAAGGUGACAUUUUCCUGCGAGCAAGGGCAUCAGCUGCUGGGAGCCACUGAAAUCACAUGCCUGGAGUCCGGAGAAUGGAACCAUCUGAUCCCAUCUUGUGAAGCUAUUUCCUGUGGGGCACCAGCUGUUCCCGAAAAUGGGGACAUCGACGGGUCAGCGUUUACCUAUGGCAGUAAAGUGACCUACAGGUGUAACAAAGGAUAUACUUUGGCUGGUGAUCAAGAAUCAUCCUGUCUUGCCAGUGGUUCUUGGAGUCAUUCUCCCCCUUUGUGUGAAGUAGUGAAAUGUUCCAGUCCUGAAGACAUAGAAAAUGGAAAAUAUAUUUUGAGUGGCCUUACCUACCUUUCUACUGCGUCGUACUCGUGUGAGAGUGGAUACAGCUUACAGGGUCCAUCACUCAUUGAGUGCACGGCGGCCGGCAGCUGGGACAGAGCACCGCCUGCCUGUGACCUCGUCUUCUGUGGAGCACCACCUGCCAUCAAAGACGCUGUCAUCGCCGGGGAUAACUUCACUUUCGGGAACACUGUCACUUACACUUGCAAGGAAGGCUAUACCCUUGUUGGUCCUGACACCAUUGAAUGCCUGGCCAAUGGCAAGUGGAGUGCAAGUAACCAGCAGUGUCUGGCUGUCUCCUGUGAUGAGCCCCCCAACGUGGACCAUGCCUCUCCGGAGACUGCUCAUCGGCUCUUUGGCGAUAUUGCAAUCUACUACUGCGCUGAUGGUUACAGCCUAGCAGACAAUUCCCAGCUCCUCUGCAAUGCCCAGGGCAAGUGGGUUCCCCCAGAGGGCCAGGCUAUGCCCCACUGUAUAGCUCAUUUCUGUGAAAAACCACCAUCUGUCUCCUAUAGCAUCCUAGAAUCUGUGAGCAAAGCAAAAUUUGCAGCUGGCUCCAUUGUGAGCUUCAAAUGCAUGGAAGGUUUUGUGCUGAAUACGUCUGCAAAGAUUGAAUGUAUGAGAGGUGGACAGUGGAGCCCUUCCCCCAUGUCCAUCCAGUGUAUCCCGGUGCGGUGUGGAGAGCCGCCAAGCAUCAUGAAUGGCUACGCAAGUGGAGCAAACUACAGCUUCGGGGCCAUGGUGGCUUACAGCUGCAACAAGGGAUUCUACAUCAAAGGGGAGAAGAAGAGCACCUGCGAGGCCACAGGGCAGUGGAGUAGCCCCAUCCCCACAUGCCACCCAGUAUCUUGCAAUGAACCACCGAAAGUUGAGAAUGGUAUCCUGGAGCAUACAACCGGCAGCAUCUUCGAGAGUGAAGCGAGGUAUCGUUGUAACGCAGGCUAUAAGCCCCUUGGAAGUCCUGUAUUUGUCUGCCAAGCCAAUCGGCACUGGCACAGUGAAUCCCCUCUGUUGUGCAUCCCUCUCAACUGUGGAACACCUCCCCCCAUCCAGAAUGGCUUCAUGAAAGGAGAAAGUUUUGAAGUGGGCUCCAAGGUGCAGUUUUUCUGUAAUGAGGGUUAUGAGCUUAUUGGUGAUAAUUCCUGGACAUGCCAGAAAUCUGGCAAAUGGACUAAGAAGCCAAGCCCAAAGUGUGUGCCUGCCAAGUGCCCAGAGCCCCCGCUCUUGGAAAACCAGCUGGUGUUGAAGGAGGUGACCUCUGAGGUGGGAGUGGUGACGUUCUCCUGCAGAGACGGGCACGCUCUGCACGGCCCCUCCGUCCUGAAAUGCUUGCCUUCUCAGCACUGGAACGAUUCUUUCCCUGUUUGCAAGAUGGUUCUUUGCCUCCCACCUCCCUUCAUCUCCUUUGGUGUCCCUGCCCCGUCUUCUGCUCUUCAUUUUGGAAGUACUGUCAAGUAUUCUUGUGUGGAUGGGUUCUUCCUCAGAGGAGAUCCUACCACCCUCUGCCAAGCUGAUGGCACUUGGAGCUCGCCACUGCCGGAAUGCAUUCCCGUUGAAUGUCCCCAGCCUGAGGAAAUCCCCAAUGGCAUCAUCGACGUGCAAGGUCUUGCCUAUCUCAGCACGGCUCUCUACACCUGCAAGCCAGGCUAUGAGUUGGUGGGGAAUACUACCACCCUUUGUGGAGAAACGGGCCAGUGGCUUGGAGGAAAACCAACAUGUAAACCCAUUGAGUGCCCGAAGCCCAAGGAGAUUGUGAAUGGCAAGAUCUCCUACACAAACCUACAUUAUGGGCAGACCAUUACAUACUCUUGUGACCAAGGCUUCCAGCUGGAAGGCCCCAAAGCCUUGACCUGUUUAGAGACAGGUGAUUGGGAUGUGGAUGCCCCUUCUUGCAGUGCCAUCCACUGUAAUCCCCCACAACCCAUUGAAAAUGGCUUUGUAGAAGGUGCCGAUUACAGCUACGGUGCCAUGAUCAUCUACAGCUGCUUCCCUGGGUUUCAGGUGGCUGGUCACGCCAUGCAGACCUGCAAAGAAUCAGGAUGGUCAAGCUCCAUCCCCGCAUGUGUGCCCAUAGACUGUGGUCUCCCUCCUCACAUAGAUUUCGGAGACUGCACUAAAAUCAAAGAUGGCCAAGGGUAUUUUGACCAAGAGGAUGACUUAAUGGAAGUUCCAUAUCUGACCCCUUACCCUCCUCCUCAUUUGGAAGCAGUGGAUAAAACCCAGGAAAAUGCAAAGGAGUCCCCUGCUACACAUUCAUCUAGCUUUCUGUACAACACUAUGGUUUUAUACACCUGUUAUCCAGGUUAUGAACUUUCAGGGAACCCUGUGCUCACGUGCCAGGAAGAUGGAACUUGGAAUGGCACUGCCCCUUCCUGCAUUUCUAUUGAAUGUGACUUGCCUGUGGCUCCAGAAAAUGGUUUUAUGCAUUUUACAGAGACUACCAUGGGCAGUGCUGUGCAGUACCACUGCAAACCUGGCCAUAUUCUAGUGGGCUCUGACAUGAGACUUUGUCUACAAAACAGAAAGUGGAGUGGUGCUUCCCCACACUGUAAGGUCAUUUCAUGCCCAAAGCCCAAUCCAGUCCUGAACGGGUCCAUCAAAGGAAGCAACUACACAUACUUAAGUGUGUUGUACUAUGAGUGUGACCCUGGGUAUGUGCUGAACGGCACCGAGAGGAGAACAUGCCAAGCAAAUGAAAAUUGGGAUGGGAGUGAGCCAGUUUGCAUUCCAGUGGACUGUGGCUCACCCCCAGUCUCAGCCAAUGGCCGAGUGAAAGGAGAUGACUACACAUUCCAAAAGGAGAUUGAGUACACUUGCAAUGAUGGGUUUUUGCUUCACGGAGCCAGGAGUCGUGUUUGUCUUGCCGAUGGAAGUUGGAGUGGAGCCACCCCUGCCUGCAUACCUGUCAGGUGUUCCCCUCCACCACAGGUGGCACAUGCAGUGUUGGAGGGCCUGGACCAUGGCCUAGGACAGGAGGUGGUGGUCCACUGUCAGGAGGGCUAUGUGUUGUUUGGUGCCCCUAAGCUCGUCUGUCAGCCAGACGGCAACUGGGAUGUAGAGUUUCCUCUCUGUAAACCCGCCAGCUGCGAACCUCCCGAAGAUCUUGCCCAUGGAUUCCCCAAUGGCUUUUCCUUUUAUCAUGAGGGCCAUAUUCAGUAUCAGUGCUUUCCCGGUUAUAAGCUCCAUGGAAGUUCUUCAAGAAGGUGUCUCUCCAAUGGCUCCUGGAGCGGCAGCCCACCUUCCUGCCUACCUUGCAGGUGUUCCCCACCAGCCAUUCAAUAUGGAACUGUCAAUGGGACAGAUUUUGGUUGUGGAAAAACAAUCAGGAUUCAGUGCUUCAAAGGUUUCAAGCUCCUAGGACUUCCUGAAAUCACUUGUGAAGCCAAUGACCAGUGGAGCUCCAGCUUCCCACACUGUGAACACACUUCUUGUGGUUCUCCCCCAGCCAUCCCAAAUGCAUUCAUCAGUGAGGGCAGCUCCGUGGAGGAAAAUGUGGUCACUUACACCUGCAGACCUGGGUAUGUCAUCCAAGGCAGUCCAGACCUGAUUUGUGCAGAGAAAGGGACAUGGAGCCAACCUCAUCCAGUCUGCGUACCUCUGUCCUGUGGACAGCCACCAUUUGUCGCCAAUGCAGUGGCAACUGGAGAGGAAUACACCUAUGAAAGUAAAGUGAAACUCAGAUGUCUGGAAGGUUACACAAUGGACACUGAUAUAGAUACAUUCACCUGUCAAAAAGAUGGUCAUUGGUUCCCGGAGAGAAUCUCCUGCAGUCCUAAAACAUGUCCCCUGCCAUCCAACACGGCACGUAUACUAGUGCAUGGUGACGAGUUCAGUGUGAAUAGCCAAGUAUCUGUGUCGUGUGCAGAAGGGUACACCUAUGAGGGAGUAAACAUGUCUACAUGCCAGCUGGAUGGUUCCUGGGAGCCUCCAUUUUCUGAUGAAUCCUGCAUUCCAGUUUCUUGUGGGGCACCUGAAAGUCCAGAACAUGGCUUUGUGGUUGGCAGUAAAUACAGCCUUGGAAGCACAAUUAUUUAUCAGUGUGACCCUGGCUAUGAAUUAGUGGGGAACAGAGAGCGAGUUUGCCAGGAGAACAGAGCGUGGAGCGGAGGGGUAGCCACUUGCAGAAGGAGCAAGUGUGAAGCUCCACUCGAGCUUCUGAACGGGAAAGUUGACAUGGACAUCUCCAGCGUGGUGUAUUCCUGCAACAGGGGCUACAGCCUGGACGGGCCACCGGAGGCCCACUGCACUGAAGGGACUUGGAGCCACCCCGUUCCUCUCUGCAAACCCAAUCCUUGCCCGGUCCCUUUUGUGAUUCCUGAGAAUGCUGUGCUUUCUGAAAAGGAGUUUUAUGUUGACCAGAAUGUGUCCAUCAAGUGUAGGGAAGGCUUCCUGCUCAAAGGCGAAGGCAUCAUUACCUGCAGCCCUGACGAGACGUGGACGCAGACAAGUGCCAAAUGUGAAAAAAUCUCAUGUGGUCCCCCAGCACACGUAGAGAAUGCAAUUGCUCGAGGCAUUCACUAUCAAUAUGGGGACAUGAUCACCUACUCGUGCUACAGUGGAUACAUGCUGGAAGGCUCCCUAAGGAGUGUUUGCCUGGAAAACGGAACUUGGUCAUCACCUCCUAUUUGUAGAGCUGUCUGUCGAUUCCCAUGUCAGAACGGAGGAGUCUGCCAGCGCCCCAAUGCCUGUUCCUGUCCGGAUGGCUGGAUGGGGCGCCUGUGUGAAGAACCAAUAUGCAUCCUUCCCUGUCUGAAUGGUGGCCGCUGUGUGGCCCCUUACCAGUGUGACUGCCCAUCUGGCUGGACAGGGUCCCGCUGUCAUACAGCUGUCUGCCAGUUUCCCUGCUUAAAUGGAGGAAAAUGUGUAAGACCAAACCGAUGCCAUUGUCUCUCAUCUUGGACAGGACAUGACUGUUCCAGGAAAAGGAGGACUGGGUUUUAACCACUGCCCAACCAACUGGCUUCCCCAAAAGCAGGAUCAUCUCUUCCUGGUGGCACCUGGACAUCCUGGAACUUACACAAAGUCCAACAUGGUGCUGGGUCUUGUUUUGUUUAGUAAACACAUUAUUUGGGAUUUACUUUUUUAUUUUGUGAUAUAUUUUGUUAUUCUUUGUGAUAUACUUUCUUACAUGUUGCCAUUUUUAAAUAUGCCUGUAUUUUCUAUAUAAAAAUUAUAUUAAAUAGAUGCUGCUCUACCCUAAUAAAAUGUACAUACUCUGCUGUCUAUUGGGAAAAUUCCUAGUAUA